AUGAGUAGCAAUAUCCACGCGAACCAUCUCAGCCUAGACGCGUCCUCCUCUUCCUCCUCUUCAUCUUCCUCCUCGUCCUCGGUCCACGAGCCCAAGAUGGAUGCGCUCAUCAUCCCGGUGACCAUGGAGGUGCCGUGCGACAGCCGGGGCCAACGAAUGUGGUGGGCUUUCCUGGCCUCCUCCAUGGUGACUUUCUUUGGGGGCCUCUUCAUCAUACUGCUCUGGCGGACGCUCAAGUACCUGUGGACCGUUUGCUGCCACUGCGGGGGCAAGACGAAGGAGGCCCAGAAGAUUAACAAUGGCUCAAGCCAGGCGGAUGGCACUCUCAAGCCAGUGGACGAAAAAGAAGAGGCAGUGGCAGCCGAGGUCGGCUGGAUGACUUCUGUGAAGGACUGGGCGGGGGUGAUGAUAUCUGCCCAGACGCUGACCGGCAGAGUCCUGGUGGUCUUAGUCUUUGCUCUCAGCAUUGGUGCACUUGUAAUAUACUUCAUAGAUUCGUCAAACCCAAUAGAAUCCUGCCAGAAUUUCUACAAAGAUUUCACGUUACAGAUCGACAUGGCUUUCAACGUGUUCUUCCUUCUCUACUUUGGCUUGCGGUUUAUUGCAGCCAAUGAUAAGCUGUGGUUCUGGCUGGAAGUGAACUCUGUCGUAGAUUUCUUCACAGUUCCCCCAGUGUUUGUGUCUGUAUACUUAAACAGAAGUUGGCUUGGUUUGAGAUUUUUAAGAGCUCUCAGACUGAUCCAGUUUUCAGAAAUUUUGCAGUUUCUGAAUAUUCUUAAAACAAGUAAUUCCAUCAAGCUGGUGAAUCUGCUCUCCAUAUUUAUCAGCACGUGGCUAACAGCAGCCGGGUUCAUCCAUUUGGUGGAGAAUUCAGGGGACCCAUGGGAAAAUUUCCAAAACAACCAGGCUCUUACAUACUGGGAAUGUGUCUAUUUACUCAUGGUCACCAUGUCCACUGUUGGCUAUGGGGACGUGUAUGCAAAAACCACGCUUGGGCGUCUCUUCAUGGUCUUCUUCAUCCUCGGGGGACUGGCCAUGUUUGCCAGCUACGUCCCUGAAAUCAUAGAAUUAAUAGGCAACCGCAAGAAAUACGGGGGCUCAUAUAGCGCGGUCAGUGGGAGAAAGCACAUUGUGGUCUGUGGACAUAUCACUCUGGAGAGUGUUUCCAACUUCCUGAAGGACUUUCUGCACAAGGACCGGGAUGAUGUCAACGUGGAGAUCGUCUUUCUUCACAACAUUUCCCCUAACCUGGAGCUUGAAGCUCUGUUCAAGCGACAUUUUACUCAGGUGGAAUUUUAUCAGGGUUCAGUCCUCAAUCCACAUGAUCUUGCAAGAGUCAAGAUAGAGUCAGCAGAUGCAUGCCUCAUCCUUGCCAAUAAGUACUGCGCUGACCCUGAUGCUGAAGAUGCCUCCAACAUCAUGAGAGUAAUCUCCAUAAAGAACUACCAUCCGAAGAUAAGAAUCAUCACUCAGAUGCUGCAGUAUCACAACAAGGCCCAUCUGCUAAACAUCCCGAGUUGGAAUUGGAAAGAGGGUGAUGAUGCAAUCUGCCUCGCGGAGCUGAAGCUGGGGUUCAUCGCCCAGAGCUGCCUGGCUCAGGGCCUCUCCACCAUGCUCGCCAACCUCUUCUCCAUGAGGUCAUUCAUAAAGAUUGAGGAAGACACAUGGCAGAAAUACUACUUGGAAGGAGUCUCAAAUGAAAUGUACACAGAAUAUCUCUCCAGUGCCUUCGUGGGUCUGUCCUUCCCUACUGUUUGUGAGCUGUGUUUUGUGAAGCUCAAACUCCUAAUGAUAGCCAUUGAGUACAAGUCUGCCAACCGCGAGAGCCGUAUAUUAAUUAAUCCUGGAAACCACCUUAAGAUCCAAGAAGGUACUUUAGGAUUUUUCAUCGCAAGUGAUGCCAAAGAAGUUAAAAGGGCAUUUUUUUACUGCAAGGCCUGUCAUGAUGACAUCACAGAUCCCAAAAGAAUAAAAAAAUGCGGCUGCAAACGGCCCAAGAUGUCCAUCUACAAGAGAAUGAGACGGGCAUGUUGUUUUGAUUGCGGACGUUCUGAGCGUGACUGCUCGUGCAUGUCAGGCCGUGUGCGUGGUAACAUGGACACCCUUGGGAGAGCCUUCCCACUUUCUUCUGUCUCUGUUAAUGAUUGCUCCACCAGUUUCCGUGCCUUUGAAGAUGAGCAGCCCUCAACGCUGUCACCAAAAAAAAAGCAGCGGAAUGGAGGUAUGCGGAAUUCACCCAGCUCCUCGCCCAAACUGAUGAGGCAUGACCCCUUGUUAAUUCCCGGCAAUGAUCAGAUUGACAACAUGGACUCCAACGUGAAGAAGUAUGACUCUACUGGGAUGUUUCACUGGUGCGCACCCAAGGAGAUAGAGAAAGUCAUCCUGACCCGAAGUGAAGCUGCCAUGACUGUCCUGAGUGGCCACGUCGUGGUCUGCAUCUUUGGCGAUGUCAGCUCAGCCCUGAUUGGCCUCCGGAACCUGGUGAUGCCACUACGUGCCAGCAACUUUCAUUACCACGAGCUCAAGCACAUAGUGUUUGUGGGCUCCAUUGAGUACCUCAAGCGGGAAUGGGAGACGCUUCAUAACUUCCCCAAAGUGUCCAUAUUGCCUGGUACGCCAUUAAGUCGGGCUGAUUUAAGGGCCGUCAACAUCAACCUCUGUGACAUGUGCGUUAUCCUGUCAGCCAAUCAGAAUAAUAUUGAUGAUACUUCGCUGCAGGACAAGGAAUGCAUCUUGGCGUCACUCAACAUCAAAUCUAUGCAGUUUGAUGACAGCAUUGGGGUCUUGCAGGCUAAUUCCCAAGGUUUCACGCCUCCAGGAAUGGAUAGAUCUUCUCCAGACAACAGCCCAGUGCAUGGGAUGUUACGCCAGCCAUCCAUCACGACUGGGGUCAACAUCCCCAUCAUCACUGAACUAGUGAAUGAUACUAAUGUUCAGUUUUUGGACCAAGACGAUGAUGAUGACCCCGACACAGAACUGUACCUCACGCAGCCAUUUGCAUGUGGGACAGCGUUUGCCGUCAGCGUCCUGGACUCACUCAUGAGUGCGACAUACUUCAAUGACAAUAUCCUUACCCUGAUACGGACCCUGGUGACCGGAGGAGCCACGCCAGAGCUCGAGGCUCUGAUUGCUGAGGAGAAUGCACUUCGAGGGGGCUACAGCACUCCCCAGACGCUGGCCAACAGGGACCGCUGCCGAGUAGCCCAGUUAGCACUGUUGGAUGGGCCCUUUGCAGACUUGGGGGAUGGUGGUUGUUAUGGUGAUCUGUUCUGCAAAGCUCUGAAAACGUAUAAUAUGCUUUGUUUUGGAAUUUAUCGGCUGAGAGAUGCUCACCUCAGCACCCCCAGCCAAUGCACAAAGAGGUACGUCAUCACCAACCCCCCAUACGAGUUUGAGCUCGUGCCGACGGACCUGAUCUUCUGCUUAAUGCAGUUUGACCACAACGCCGGCCAGUCCCGGGCCAGCCUCUCCCAUUCCUCCCACUCGUCCCAGUCCUCCAGCAAGAAGAGCUCGUCCAUUCACUCCAUCCCAUCCACAGCAAACCGACCGAACCGGCCCAAGUCCCGGGAGUCCCGAGACAAACAGAAGUAUGUGCAGGAAGAGAGGCUCUGAUAUAUGUAUCCACUGCCACCGUGUGUGAAACUGUAUCUGCCACUCAUUUCCCCAGUGGGUGUUUCCAAAAGUAACUUCCCCUGUUUUCCCCUGUAGUCCUCCCCUUUUUUUUACACAUAUUUGCAUAUGUAUGAUAGUGUGCAUGUGGUUGUCAUUUUUAUUUCACCACCAUAAAACCCUUGAGCACAACAGCAAAUAAGCAGAAGGACCAAAAGUUAUUUAUGAUCCUAGGGGAAAAAUAACCCAAAGGCAUGCUCCUGACAUAAAUAGCUUACUGCAGGAAUGAGUUCACAGAUUAGCAGAGAGCACUUGAGAUCAAUGUCAGUUAAGAUAGUUAAUUUACUUGAUGUAGAAGAAAAGUUUAUUCCGAUUUAUCAGAAUUAUCAGGGUGCUUUGGGUUUUGAUUUCGUUCUUUUCCUUUCUUUCUUUUUUUAUAUACACACAGUAAUAUAUACACACAUGUUUAUUUGAAACGAGCAACCAAAAAGCAACGAAAACCUUUCGAUUGUUUUCACUCUUUAGGCUGAAGUAUUGCGAAGCAUUUGAAAAGCUUUCGCCAUUUGUGUAGAUGAUUAUUAAGCACUUGCUUGUUGCAAGAGAACAUCUGAGAUUUUUUUAGUUACUAACCAAGGCCUUUUGUCCCAGAGCUAGUUUCCUUUGGGAGUUCAGAUGAACCUUGCUACCCUUACUGUGGGGGAAGAAUAGUAUUCCAUUUGUGGAUGUAUCAAAUUCUAGUCAUUUAAUUUAAGUGAAAAGAGGUUUGAUUGCAUAUUAAAUUGUUAUUCUGUCUCCUUACGCUGCCAUAUGAAUAGCUAUUUUUUUCUUUCACUUUUGACAUUUGGGAUGAAAAGCCAUAUGUAUCAUAAAUAUCAGAUGUAAGUCAUUAAAAACUGCCUUCCUGAGACUUUUACAUCUUUUAAAAGGUGAAUUACUUACCUUAUGUACAGAAUAAAUAAUGCUCAGGAAAGAGCAAGUAUUUUUCCAUGCUUUCUCAGGGGACCUUUUUACUCCCCUCUGUUUGAUAGCUAGGGUCCCCAUGCCAGGUAGGAGCAAGGGCUGGGGCCAUGGUAGAGGGAGAGGAAGAUAAACCCAGCAGUAGAUCAUGUUUUCUAGGAGCCAACAUGCUAAAUAAAUUAGAAUGUAGGAGGAUCAAGCCACAGUUGAUUCAACAAAAACAAAAGACAGCUACCACCUUAAACUGUUGGUACAGCUGCAUGAUGCUGGCUGUCCCAAAGCAGAAAGCUGAUGGGAAAAACCCCUCCUCAUCAAUUUCUUUAACAUAACCAAUUCAUUUAGGCAGGUGAAGGACAAUCAUAGAGAACUUCUUGUCAUUAUGAGAUGGGGAGGAGAAGAAGAGUACAAUAGUGAGCCAAACAUAUUUUGGUAUAAUUAUUUUUUCUUUUGUUCUCUCUCUCUCUCUCUUUCUUUCUAGCAGUUAGUAAGCAUGAGAGGAAAGGUAGAAAAAUACCUUUUUUUCAAUAUAUAAUUGUCAGAUGUUUUAUGCAUGCGAAUUAUGCUUUAGGUGGUACAAUAGUUCUUAAAAAUCUGCCCACUCUACCUUAACCAAAUUCUUACAUAAAUGGACUAGCCCUAGGCUGGUAUAUACGUAUUUGAAGUGUUUACUUUAAAAAAAAUUCUAUGGAAUAGAAUAGGGGUGGAGGGGAGGAGAAAAAUGUUACAGCUGUACCAUCUCUAAAAAGGUGUUUUUAUGGUGAAUCUUUUGGGUUUAGAUUUUGGAUCCCCUGUCCCCCUAAGCAUGAUAGUUUUGGAGAUUUGCUUGCUGUGUGAAUUGACAAGCACUUUUACUGACGAAAUGAUGAGGCUCAAUCAGAACAUCCACCCCCCACACCAAAGACAUGGAAGUGCAGUAUUCAAACCAGUAAUGGAGUGGGGAAUACUUGUAUACAUGUAUAUUAAAAAGCCCUAUGAGUGGAAGAUUUUUUCAAAUUAUUUUUGUCCCUAUACAUAAUUGUUUUAUAUAUAACGUAUAACUAUCUUUUUAUAUAUAACUAUAUAAAUAUCUAUACAUACACAUACAUACAUAUAUAUGUAUGUGUACACACACACACACACACACACACACACACUUAUUCCCUAGUUUUGGAUCAUGAAGAAUUCUUCAUGCAUUCUUUGCAAAGGAGGUUAUAAAGUUAUGCCCUCAGAACAUUUAUAACUAUAAGAAUGUGCCAGUUAAAGUGCUCAGUAGGAAAUAUGACAGUUUAAAAGCAUUGAAAAACUCACAUAGCUUACUUCUCUCUCUAAAGUGCAACAAGGAUGAAUAGAAUGGGCCAAGGUAUGACAAUUAAUGGUUCUGCAUGACCUAGCCACUGCUGGGGGUUUUCUUCUAUAACAUUGUCCUUGUGAAAACUUUUGUGAAAUUAAAAAAAAAAGGAGUUACAAAUUUUA